AUGAAACCACAGGAUAUGUCGGCACUUGUUUCUAUUCAACUCGCCCUAUUCCCUAUUCAUUUUAGCAUGUUUUCCCUUGACCAGACCCUUUGCCGCCGUCUUGGCAAUCGGUCCGUUGCUAUGCCUCUCCGCUCGUAUCAUAGCCUUCUUCUCCGUUCUCUUGCAGACCUCGCCCAACAUUCUCGUCGUCACGCACUCCUCCUACGAGCCGAUCUGCCCGAUCGAGCAGGCCUCAGCUGCCGGCCAAGCCUGGCGCUGCGAUCCUGCCACGGCGGAGACAGUGUAGACUCUGUCGACUGGGUUUCUGUGAAGAUGGAGUCGCAGUGUUUGAUCAUUUCGUCUCUUCCUCAAAUCGUUUCUCCUCAUCCCAUCCUCUAUUUCACUCUUUCUCGCCCACCUGACCCCCCUUUCCCCUUGCAUCUGGAUGCUUCACCCCUUUUACUCUGCUCUCCUCUUCACUUAUUCCUCGUUUAUUUUCGACCAAACCGCUCCGACGGAUGUGUUGCGAGUCCACACGACCACGUCGAAAACAGAAAAACAUCAAAACACUCGCACGAGCGUACUGCCUCCUCGAAAACCAGUACCACUCCCCUGUCCAUCGGACGAGUUAACGCAGGAUGGUCGUCUUGA